AUAGAGCCCACUACCACCCACGACCAGCAUCAUACUACCCGCUAAAGCACAACUUACUGGCUCCAACUGGCCCGAGGGCCUCAACUCUCUCCCCUUCACCACUCAGAAGCCCCCUCGGCCCCGAGAAGCUCCCCGCUCCCUCCCUGGCCCCUUGGCCUGUCACCCUUCACCACUUUUUUCCAUCCUUGACUGGCGACCCGCAGCAUAGACGCCAUCAUCAUUCACUACCCACCCUGCCACCGCUCGCGAGUCACCAUCAUUGCCGAUCGGCACUUCGGUCAUUGUCAUUCGACUUGCACACCGUCGCCCUUGCUACACAGACCUCUUCAGAGGUCUGGCAGAGUUGCCACACCCUCAUCUUUCUCUGUCAUUGUUCCUGCACCCUCCUCAGGUGCACCAUAGCACCUGUGUGCCCUUCUUGCCAACAUGGCACCCAUCGGAGCAGCUGUCUUUGCUACGCUGCUCAUCAACGAUGCCUACCUACCAGGUGCCAUGGUCCUUGGCCAUUCCUUGAAGGAUAGAGGUGCAAAGGCACCCCUCGUGGCUUUUGUCGUCGCGGACAAUUUAGCCCCAGAAACCCUCAUCGAGCUAAGAACCAUUUACGACGAUGUCGUCUCUGUCCAACAGGUCACGAACAGGCAGCCUGCAAAUCUAUAUGUUAUGGGCAGACCUGACUUAAUAUCUACCUUCACAAAGAUCGAACUAUGGCGGCAGUCUCAGUACAAGAGAAUAGUCUACCUAGACGCGGACACGGUGGUGUUGAGGACUCCAAACGAGCUGUUAACUUUGGAUACAAAUUUCGCUGCCGUCCCCGAUAUUGGCUGGCCAGACUGUUUCAACAGCGGCGUCAUGGUCUUGAACCCAAACAUGGCCGACUAUUAUUCCCUCCUGGCCCUAGCUCAGCGUGGUGUAAGUUUCGAUGGUGCUGAUCAAGGUCUCCUCAACAUGCAUUUCAGGGACUGGCAUCGGUUAAGCUUUGUUUUCAACUGCACCCCAAGCGGCAACUAUCAAUACGUACCAGCCUACAGACACUUCUCCUCCAGCAUAUCUGUCGUUCAUUUCAUUGGCAAGGACAAGCCUUGGACCCUCGGACGGGAUAACAAAUACAACACAGGCGUAUAUGGCGAGCUUCUAGCUCAUUGGUGGUCAGUGUACGACAGGCACUAUCGACCAAAGCCCGUGACCUAUUAUGAUUCUCGGACAUAUGCCUCCACGAAAAAAGUACAGGACUAUGUUCGAGGGGAAGAGCCAUUAUAUGUGGUGGACCAAUCCGGCCAAACGCAACAUCAUGAAACAUCUCCAUCUUAUACCCAUCAAGGCCAAAUUCCUUUGCCCCCACAGAUCACAAUCACUGAGGCAGGCUCUGAUCAAGCUCCUACACAUCACACUGUCGAACUGCCCUUUGGUGAUGCUCCCACCCCAGUUGCCCCUCAUCAUUUUGCCCCUGUGCCUACUGUUGAACAGCGACGUUUCAGUGCCCCCCAUGUUGAGUGGGAGCCCGCGAGGGCACCUCCACCGAUAGAUUCCAAACCCGAAGCCGCCAAUUUCCCCACUACUAUCUACUCUUUCACCGAAGACACCAAACUCUUUCAAGCCCCGACUCACUACCCAGAAGCUCCGAAAGACAUGUGGUAUCAGGUUCCAGAGAAGGAGCCCGAGCCUCCCAAGCUCAAACAAAUAUUCCCAUGGGAAUCAAGAGCUCCAAAGCCAACUCGAGUAUUUGCCCAGCCACCGCCUGAACCCGUACCACCUCCCCAAGUUGAACCAGAGCCUGAAAAGGCCGUUGCCUCAGACGAUGCCACAAAAGCUGCAGACACAACCGCAGUACCCAAAGACAAUGUUCCUGCUUUCCCCGUUCCGAAUGCAGAUCCUUGGGCCGCAUUCGAGUCAAGGACAAACGCGUGGGAUGAGAUGCCGGAAAUUGAACGUUACGUGCGAGCAUUCAACCAAGCUCGCAAAGGCAAGGUACAGGUUCUGCAUCACACCCCCUCCCAGCGUUCUCCUCGAGAUUCAAAUGCCGCCUCAUCCCCAGCAGAGAGUGAUAAACGACGAGCAAGCCUGAAAUUAACCGACUUCCCCACCGAGAUUGAAAGACCGAGUUUACCCGUAACCCCUGCGCCGAUUCGAAGGCCAAGCUACUGGGGAGAUGAUCCAGAUGAUACAAGUGACUUACCCACAGCAGACGGUGUGCCAAAACAAGAAGAUUGGGUGCGUGGCUCCUCCUCCCAUUCCAGGCUUGAGUUUCCUUCGUUUGCGCCCCAGUUAUCGUUACGUGUUCAUCAUUUGCGCGGCACUUUCUUUUGGAGAUGCCAACAUUGUGGAAAACAGAACCCAGUCACCAAACUUGAAGAGUUGCAAAGACGACAAUCAGAGGUCUUGCUGUCCCCGACGGAAGACGACGCAGCAGGAGAGCCCAUUCACACCAUUCACGACAUUCCCCAACGACAAAUGCCAGAAAGUGCCAGUAUAGAGGCGGUGGUGGAGGCAGCAGAGAAGGCCAUGUCUCCCACAAAGAUGACCAAGAAGCCUAAACCGAUACUCAAAGAGCCAAAGUUCGAAUUGGGCCAGCAUUCUGAUUCUGGCUCAGGGCCCAAGUCCGCAGAAGAUGAGGAAGGCACCUCUCCGACACAGCUGCACCCAGGUUUCAACCCAGUCACAGCUGUUGGUGAGGCGGCGUCUGAGAGCAAGGCCUCUAUGUCACGGCCAGAGGUUGCUGCCCUCCAAUCCUGAGGCAUUCAUGGUAGGAAAGAAGAACGCCCGCAUUGACGACCUCCCGUGCAGUAUGGUGGAUGGGUGUUGCACGCGUGAGCUGGCACUCAAUAUGUAAUUACGCAUGCUCGAGACUUGUGGGUCCUGGGACGAGAGCGCAGUAUGGCGCCAUCACGAGAAUCCUUCGUCCACGUUGUCCCGUCGAGAGUGCAUUUAAUGGACGAUGAAGAAAUUACAUCUGACGAAUCAUCAUUAUUCAUUGAGUUCCGCGUGACUACUUUGAACCAUGGUCUGUUUUCCAAUUCUCCCUGGUGCGAAGCUAGCCCUCACGAUCGACUAAAAUAUAAUUGAAGCUCGAUUCAUUGUCAA